CCCAAUUCUCUUGCAAUCUAAUUUCAAAUUUCACACACACAAAACUUCUAUUCAAUGGAUUGGUUCGCUCAAUUUUCUGACCCACUUCCUUAUUACCCCAAUUGUAGUUACAAAUCUGAAUCCUCUUCUACUCUUUCCGACGCCGGAACACCUCCUCAAACAGUGGUUAACUCCGACGAAGAAGUUAUUCUCGCCUCCAACCGCCCAAAGCGCCGUGCCGGUCGCCGAAUUUUUAAAGAAACUAGACAUCCGGUUUACAGAGGAGUCCGGCAGAGGAAUAACGACAAAUGGGUUUGUGAGCUGAGAGAGCCGAAUAAAAAGACGAGGAUUUGGCUCGGGACAUACCCAACGGCGGAGAUGGCAGCUCGUGCACAUGACAUAGCGGCACUAGCGUUAAGAGGGAAAUCCGCUUGCCUAAAUUUCGCUGACUCUGCUUGGCGGUUUCCAAUUCCGGCGAGUGAUGACCCGGCUGUGAUUAGAGAGGCGGCUGUGAGGGCGGCGAAUGAGGGUAGAGAUGAGGAAUGUAAUGUGGGUCGGGAAGAGGAUGACGGCGGUUCGAAUCAGCAGGAGGCGUAUCCUGACCGGACGGAUUAUGUGGACGAUGAGACUAUGUCGAAUAUGCCAAUGUUGCUUGCCAACAUGGCGGAAGGACUACUUCUUUCUCCUCCAUCUUUUUGUGUCAAUGAAGACGUGGAGUGGGAUGAUGUGGCAACGAACGACGAUGUGUCAUUGUGGAGCUUUUAGAAGUAGUUAUAGCGACUAGUGAUUUGAGCACCUGCUGCCUGCCAACAAAGCAACCAGACUUUUGUUCGAGGAAGUCAACCUAUAUAUAAUUCCAUUUUUCUUUUUCAAAAUGGACCCUAUCAAAUUAAAGCUGAAGCUAAAAAUUGCAUUAAACACCACUAAAAAAAUAAUUGUAUCGAGUCAAGAAUUUAGUUCCUAUUUUUAGGUUAAAUUCUGUUUAGCUUUUUAGUAUUGUGGUAAAAGCUAUGAUUCUGUAAAUCAUUUGAAGUUAUGAUUUUGUGAA